CUCCACCUCCCAGCGCCCCUUCCGAGAUCCCAGGGAGCCAGCGUGCCCGGAGAGCUGGAGGGUCCCGAGCUAGCCGGGAGGCAGAAGAGGCAGAAGAGGAAAGAGACCGAGCUAGCAGCUCCAGUGUGGGACAGGAGCUGAAGGGACAUACCGCGUCAACCCCAGCUGGGCUCCGGCGACCGCCAAGGCUUUUUGCAGCGCGGCCGCUAAAGCCGCCGCCUCAGAGCUGCCCUUUACUCUUCGGUGAAGUUUUUAAAAGCAUCUAGAGACUCGGAGGAAGCAAGGAAAGUGCCGGGUAGGACUGACAGUUGCCUUUGUCCUCUACCCCUCCACCCCGCCCCACCCCCUCCUGGGUCUCCUCUCCUGUUGCCGCUUGGCCCGCUCCUCUCUUCCUGUCCCCCUAACCCCCCCUCCAGUUGGCCCUGAGUGGCCAGCCCGAAUUUGCAGAGAGGUAACUCCCUUUGGCUUCGAGCAGGCAAGCUAGCUGCACGUUACAAAGACGGCUCUGGGGAGCCAGGCGACUGGUGAACCGCUUCAGCAAAGCACUGCAGCUGGGACCUGGCUAGUUAGGCUGUACACGGGGCGGGCCUCCAGGUUCCCUUCAUUCCCUUUCCAGCUCCUUCUGCACGCAGCAGCCACCCCCACCCCCUCCAGUUUGCAGGGCCUGAGACCAAACAAUGAAAGGGCAGUCAGGGCUUCAGUAGACCAUUAAAAAGAAAAAGAAAAAUCCCAAACAAAACAAACCUCCAAACUCAAAAUAAAACAAAAAGAAAAUAACCCGGUUCUUAAUUGCACCUGCUUCAGUGGAUACUGAAUUUGGAAGGCAGAGGGUUUUCCUUGUUUUUGUUUUUGUUUUGUUUCCUUCAAGAGUUGGGCAUCUUUUGAAUCUACCGUCCCAAGAUUUCAGUAACAGACUGUGAGACUAGCAGGGCAGAUCGUGUACAACGCGUGUUUUCCUGUGCAGGAGAUUUUGAGGCUGUCAGAGUGCUUUUGCGUGGUUAUUCCUGCAAGUUUCCUUCCCAAGAGCUUCCCGCAGGUGGGCAGCUAACUGCAGCGACUACCGCAUCGCAGCCUGUUGAACUUCUCAGCUAGACAAGGGGAAACAGGAUAAAGGAAUUAGGUGGAAGAGUCAGGCAGGCUCAAGGAUGGAGGUGCAGUUAGGGUUAGGGAGGGUCUACCCCAGGCCACCGUCCAAAACCUAUCGAGGAGCUUUCCAGAACCUAUUCCAGAGCGUGCGCGAAGUGAUCCAGAACCCAGGCCCCAGGCACCCUGAGGCCACGAGCGCAGCACCUCCCGGCGCCCGUUUGCAGCAGCAGCAGCAGCAACAACAGCAGCAGGAGCAGACCAGUCCUCAGCAGCAGCAGCAGCAGCAGCAGCAGCAGCAGCAGCCUGAGGAUGGCUCUCCCCAAGCCCAGAGCAGAGGCCCUACAGGCUACCUGGCCCUGGACGAGGAACAGCAGCCUUCACAACAGCAGUCCGCCCCCAAGGGUCAUCUGGAGAGAGGCUGCGUUCCAGACCCUGGAGCUGCUUCGGCCACCGGCAAGGGGCUGCAGCAGCAGCAGCCAGCACCACCGGACGAGGAUGACUCAGCUGCCCCAUCCACGUUGUCCCUGCUGGGCCCCAGUUUCCCGUGCUUAAGUAGCUGUUCCGCCGAUCUUAAAGACAUCCUGAGCCAGGCCGGCACCAUGCAACUCCUUCAGCAGCAGCAGCAGCAGCAGCAGCAGCAGCAGCAGCAGCAGCAGGAGGUGGUAUCCGAAGGCGGCAGCAGCGGGAGAACAAGGGAGGCCACUGGUGUUCCCACCUCCUCCAAGGACAGUUACCUAGGGGGCAGUUCAACCAUCUCGGACAGCGCCAAGGAGUUGUGUAAGGCAGUGUCAGUGUCAAUGGGCUUGGGUGUGGAGGCACUGGAACAUCUGAGUCCUGGGGAGCAGCUUCGGGGGGAUUGCAUGUACGCCCCGCUCCUGGGAGUUCCACCCGCUGUGCGUCCUUGCGCCCCACUGGCCGAAUGCAAAGGUUCUGUGCUGAAUGAUGGCCCUGGUAAGGGCACCCAAGAAACUGCUGAGUAUUCCCCUUUCAAGUCAGGUUAUGCCAAAGGGUUGGACGGCGACAGCCUGGGUUGUUCUGGCAGCAAUGAAGCAGGGGGCUCCGGAACACUUGAGAUGCCCUCCACCCUGUCUGUCUACAAGUCUGGAGCACUAGAUGAAGCGGCAGCUUAUCAGAGUCGCGACUACUACAACUUUCAGCUCGCCCUGGCUGGGCCGCCUCCCCCUCUUCCCCCUCCCCAUCCUCAUGCCCGCAUCAAGCUGGAAAACCCGCUGGACUAUGGGAGCGCCUGGGCGGCAGCAGCGGCACAAUGCCGCUACGGGGACCUGGCUAGCCUGCAUGGCGGGGGUGCAGUGGGACCCAGCUCAGGCUCACCCUCAGCCACCGCCUCUUCUUCCUGGCAUACUCUAUUCACAGCAGAGGAAGGCCAGCUGUAUGGGCCCUGUGGUGGGAGUGGAGGCGGCAGCACUGGCGAGUCAGGGUCUGUGACCCCCUAUGGCUACACUCGGCCACCACAGGAGUUGACGGGCCAAGAAGGUGACUUCCCUCCACCUGAUAUGUGGUAUCCUGGUGGUGUGAUGAGCAGAGUGCCCUAUACAAGUCCCAGUUGUGUCAAAAACGAGAUGGGCCCCUGGAUGGAGAGCUACUCCGGACCCUAUGGGGACAUGCGUUUGGAGACUUCCAGGGACCAUGUCUUACCUAUUGACUAUUACUUUCCGCCCCAGAAGACCUGCCUGAUCUGCGGUGAUGAAGCUUCUGGCUGUCACUAUGGAGCUCUCACUUGUGGAAGCUGCAAAGUGUUCUUUAAAAGAGCCGCUGAAGGGAAACAGAAGUACCUGUGUGCCAGCAGAAAUGAUUGCACCAUCGAUAAAUUCCGAAGGAAAAAUUGUCCAUCUUGUCGCCUACGGAAAUGCUAUGAGGCAGGAAUGACUCUGGGAGCCCGGAAGCUGAAGAAACUUGGUAAUCUGAAACUACAGGAGGAAGGGGAGGCUUCCAAUGCCACCAGCCCCACUGAGGAGCCAACCCAGAAGCUGACAGUGUCACACAUUGAAGGCUAUGAGUGUCAGCCCAUCUUUCUGAAUGUCCUGGAAGCCAUUGAGCCAGGCGUGGUAUGUGCUGGACACGACAACAACCAGCCCGACUCCUUUGCAGCCUUGCUGUCUAGCCUUAAUGAAUUGGGCGAAAGACAACUUGUACAUGUGGUCAAGUGGGCCAAGGCCUUGCCUGGCUUCCGCAACUUGCACGUGGAUGACCAGAUGGCAGUCAUUCAGUACUCCUGGAUGGGGCUUAUGGUGUUUGCCAUGGGCUGGCGGUCCUUCACCAAUGUCAACUCCAGGAUGCUCUACUUUGCCCCUGACCUGGUUUUCAAUGAGUACCGCAUGCACAAGUCCCGGAUGUACAGCCAGUGUGUACGAAUGAGGCACCUCUCUCAAGAAUUUGGAUGGCUCCAAAUCACCCCCCAGGAAUUUUUGUGCAUGAAGGCACUGCUGCUAUUCAGCAUUAUUCCAGUGGAUGGGCUGAAAAAUCAAAAAUUCUUUGAUGAACUUCGAAUGAAUUACAUCAAGGAACUUGAUCGUAUCAUUGCUUGCAAGAGAAAAAAUCCCACAUCCUGCUCAAGGCGCUUCUACCAGCUCACCAAGCUCCUGGACUCUGUGCAACCUAUUGCACGAGAGCUGCAUCAGUUCACUUUUGACCUGCUGAUCAAGUCCCACAUGGUAAGCGUGGACUUUCCAGAAAUGAUGGCAGAAAUCAUCUCCGUGCAAGUGCCCAAGAUUCUUUCUGGGAAAGUCAAGCCCAUCUAUUUCCACACACAGUGAAGCUUUGGAGACCCCCAUUUUCUCACCCUACCCUACUCCCCUUUUCACAUAUCUUUUGCCUGUUACAAUUCUGCACUACUUCUUUGCAGUGCCUUGGGGAAUUUCCUCUUUUGAUGUACAAUCUGUCAUGAAGAUGUUCCUGAGUUCUAUUUGCUAAACUUUUUUCCCCCUCUUUUCCUCCUUUCUUUUUUUCCCUUCCUAUCUGACCCUCCCAUGGCUCUUUCAGACUCUGCUCCCUGCCAUGGCUCUUAUCUGUGUUUUGAAUGGUGUUGUAUUUCUUUAAAUCUGUGAUGAUCCUCAUGUGGCCCAGUGUAAAGUUGUGCUUGUUUAUAGCACUGCACUGUGUGCCAGCCAUGCAAACAUUUACUCACUUAAUGCCACGGGAAGUUUAGAGAGCUAAGAGUAUCUGGGAAAACAAAAACAAAAACAAACAAUGCUCCUAAAACCAAAAAUCCUUGUAGGUUUUUUUCCCUCUUAAAAAAUAUAAAAACAAGCACAAUUCCUCAAAAAGACCAACAGUGACUACAGUAAGGUGAAAAUUGCAAGCGCAUGGGGAGUCACUGAUUUUGUUUUUUUCCAAACUCAGCCUCCCUGGGAAACUUUCUUUUCUGCCAAUGGCUAUUGCCAUUAGAGGACAGAAUGACCACAAAGAUUAGUUAGAAGUGGGAUGAGGGGAGGAGACAGAUUUAAGAGAUGAUGGGAGGAAGAAGACAGAUGGAUCACCAGUACCUGCCCACAACCUUGGCCCCUGAUGGCUAGACUGCGUUAACUGCAGUGCAAUUCAUGGUACUGAAAAUGUGCUUCUUGUUUGAAAACGUGUCUGCAUGUGAAUACCUUCCCUACAACCAAUACUUUUUCUCUCUCACUGUCUGCCUCCACCCUCGAAUUGACUUUCAGUAAGCCUUUCUAAGAGCUUUGAACUGAAUGUUCUCUUUAGCCAAAACUUUGUCACUUCCACUAAAGACUCAAACCAGUAAGAAAGAAGGGAGAGAUCUGACCCUUUGGAAGACCCUAUACAGAUUGAGGUCUGCUUUCCCAUUUAUGCAUCAGGGAAGAGGUUGGGGCUGGAGUCAGAGGAAAAGGAAUUGAUGGCUUGGUGGUUUUCCUGCUUAGGGCACUCUUUGCCCUUACCUUUAAAAGAUCUGAAUGUUUUCUGCCUGAUGCCAUGCAGCUGAAAGCUCCCUCUUACCCUCCCUUCAGUGUUUUGUGUGCCUAGACUUCACUAGACUGUGUUAUAGCCAUGGUGGUGAUGUUUGUCCAUUAUUUGGGCAUGUUCACAGACUCUCUGCUAAGAGCUCCUACCACCAAGAAGGCCAGCAAGCCAAGAGUCUUGACAUCUGUCUCUAGACACCUGUAGACUCAAAAACUUCUUACCAAAUGUCUUUCAUCAACUAUCCGAUCUCUGGAGCCCUUAGACAAACUGGAAAGAAGGCAUCAAUGGGAUUGGACAAGCUGGGCAUCUUGCCCUUGUCCCUUAGAGAUGAUACCUUCCCACCAAGUGGAAAAAUACCUACUUCUUCCUCCAGAGCAGCUAAAGGGGCUAUGAAGGUCAGGGUUAAAGAGAAAACUCAAUUACCAGAAUGAGAAGAAUGAAGGCACUAGAACCACAAACCCUGUAAAUGCUCUCCUUGCCACCCAGCAUAUCCACCUACAGAAGUCAUGGGAAGAAGAGAGAAGAAACUAAGAGGAGACUGACUACUAAAUUAAAGUCUUCAGAGGCAAAAUCUAAAGCCAGAUGAGCACCAUCUGGUCAGUUUACUCAUCAUCAUCCUCUGCUGCUGAUUCUGGGCUCUGAUAUCGGCCCUACUCACUCAGACUCCCCACCUUUGUUGCUGCCUCUCAGUCAGAGGAAGACUGAAACAUUUAUACUAUAGAACCAUCACUUCUGUUGGAAAGUUCUGGUUGGUGUGGCUCCAAUGGGCUGCCAUCCAUGAACUCAGGGUGUGCUCCCGGGACACUGGUUUCAUAUAGUCCUUUGGCACACCUCUAUUUUGUUGACUUUGUCCCCCAAUCCUGAGUUCAGGAGGAAUGUCCACCUACUUUCUCAUCUUGGCAACUGCCUCCUCGCUUAGCUGUUAAAGUCAUCUGUUAAACUCAAGAAAUGAGGGGCAUGUUACCAAGCUACCCAUUUCAGUUGGUUCACUCUACUUGUUGAGAAGAUAGUAUCUGAGUGACAUGUUAUUAUCUACAUGGGUUUCCUCCUCUGAUUUCUGUGUUGAUAUUAAUAGCCAAAUGAACUUGCAAAACAGCUUUUUUAAAUAACAAGGGAAAGGGGAACCUAAGAUGGGUGAUAUACCAGUCUAAGACUGCUGGACAAAAUUAAAGCUGACAGGUUCUCUUUCUGAGGUGGGAUAGACAAAUUAUGGUUUUCUUUGUUAUGACAUCAUUUGGCUUGUAUAGGCUCACAAGAUUACUUCUAGCUGUUUUAAAGAAAAAAAAUCCACUCUUUUCAGUUAAACUAGGUUAUAGAUUAAUAGUUCCUUUACAUCUGUUUUGAAAUGAUUUUCACCUUUUGUGGUACAUGGAUUUGAUUAUAUCAUUAUAAUACCUUUACUUGUAAAUACUAGAUGCUCUCCUUUUUAUUUCUCUGACUACAAAAUUUUUCAUCUUUAUGGAUUUCCCAAUUGUGACUCUUGUCUUUAUGAAUAUGUAUGUUUUGCAUUUGUGAAAGCCAAAAAUCAGUGAAACAGCAGUGUAAUUAAAAGCAGCAACAACUGAAUUACUCUGAAUUUCUGAAUGGCAAGACUAGGGAAAAUGGCCUAAACAAGGCCUUAGGCCUAGUGUUUUUGCACUGAGGUUUCAGUGAGUGAAGGAGAUUUUAGCUUAGCUUUGUUCUCCCACAGAUAAAAGGGAGAUUUUUUUUUUCUUUUGGCCAUUGAUGUUCCAGCCAGUGUAAUUGACAAAAGUCUCAUUUUGCAUGUACUCUGCUAUACAGACUUGAUGUGGUUGGCACAGUCUGCUCACCCAUGAAGGAUGGGCCAUCCAGAUCCACUCACCUGGUAAGCUGAAAGAUGAGAAUAACUCACCAGACAAGUCAUGGUAGCUGUCUCCAAAGAGGUUUGCAGUGCACAAUGAGGAUGGAGUGAGGAAGAGAAAAAGAACAUCAGGGAGAAGGCCCCAUCUGUGCUAGGUAGCAGACAGCUGCCAGGGUCACAAACUCUGUGGCCAAAGAGUCAUGUGGCAGUUUCAGCUUUUGUUCAUUGUGUAGUGAUCCCAAGCCUGGCCUCUGAGUUGAAAUGUGGGUUGAGUUCUUUGUUUCACAACUUUUCUGUGCCACAGACAGUAUCAUUGUUCUUGGAGACUUCAUUAUUUUUUUAAUGAGAAUGGAAGUUUUUGAAGGAUUCUGUAACAUAUCUUUGAAAAAGAAAUUCCAUAUCACAUAUAUUUUUAUAUAUGUUCACUGUAACUAAAAAAGAAGAAAAAAAAGCUUCACUCUGUCCUUUGGGUAGUUGCUGAGGUGAUUCCAGGUUGAGAAAUAACGUGCUGAUGCUAGAGUCCCUCUCUGUCCAUACUCUACUUCUAAAUACAUAUAUUCAUAUAUAUCAAGAAGUAUUCUAUUUGCACUUUAAGAGAAAUAGUUUCAUCAUCCACAUGAUACACUACACAAAUGACCUAACUUUGAGCUUCAAGUACUUUCUGUUUGUUUCAUUAGCCACAGCACAGAUAUGGCCUUGCCCUCUUUUCUCCCUUGAUAUUUGGCAGGGUUCAAAAGCCCAAGCCACUCCCUUUUACCCCUUUCCAGCCCUGUGCCAGGGUUGUACUUCAUGAGACUCUCUCAAGACAUCCCUGUAAUUAUCCCUGCAUGGCCCUGGGAAAACAAGAAACUGACUACUAAUCAUCUUGUGCCAUUUUCCCAGGUGAGUGGGCACUGGGCCAAAGGAGUGACCUUUGUGCUCAACCCCUGUAAAGGGUCAUGGGAACCAGGAAUGCUAAAGCACAGGCUCAAAUCCCAAACUUAAAGUCAAUAAGCCAUUUAGCAUGUUCAUUUUCUUAUAAAAGGAAGUUUCUACCCCUGCUGCCUUUUAUAGGCAGGUCUGUUUCUUACCAAUAAUCUCUUUGAAAACCUUUGAAAGUAGUUUUUUAAAAAAUACAAAGAAAUGAAAGCAUCACAUUAUGUAACCAAAGAUUACACUGUAUCUGCUAAGAGACCAAAAUUUUAAGAGCAGGGAGGGAGCAAGCAUUAGUGCCUCUUUGGAAAACUAUCCAAAGACAGACUAAAGGACUUUUGUUGUUGACUGACCUAUAUAAGAGUUUUGUGGGUUUCCCCCAACAAUAUACAUGUUUAUAAAAGUGAAAAUAAUUUCAAAAAAUAAAAAGGAUUAUAAGUCCUUCACUAAGUGAUUUUAUAAGCAGAACUAGCUUUCUUUUUCUCUAGUAGUUGUUGAGCAAAUUCUUAAAGCUCCAUUAUUGCAUGGAUGGAAAUGGAGCUGUCUUGGCCACUGUGUUUGCUAGUGCCCAUGUUAUCUGAAGAUGUGAAGCCCUUGCUGAGAAGGGGAGCAUUUAAAGGACUAGAUUUUGCACUAAAGGGACAGCAGGCAGAAUUCCUCAUUUCUGCUCACUUUGGACAGCACAAAAAGUUCUCCUGGGUUUACGGCAGAAGGUUGAAAUAUAUUGUAAAUGAGUAUUUGUAUCCAUGUUUCAGAUUGAAUUGUAUAUGUAUAGAUAUAAUGUGUUCUGAUAGCUUUAUCUUUCUCUGCACCUUUAUAUUUGGUUCCAGGUCAUAAUUGAUACCAUGUACUUAUGAGAGAGGCCACAGUUACAUUUUGGAAGCUCUCCUCAGAAUGGAAAAGAUACCUGGGUUAAUCACAUAACUAAGAGAUCUCUGCCUCUACUGGGGCCUUACCCAUAGGCCUAACAAAGAAGCAGAGGGGGAAAAGGAUAGGGUACAUGAUGUAUUGCACUUUACUAGCCCAAGACAGAUGAAUGUGUAAAGGGUGGUGAAGACUCAUUGGAAUCAACUGGGAUUUACCACAAGGGAGGCCCAGACUUGGGGCCAAAGGCCCACCCAAAUGAUUAACCAGUGGCCUCCUAAUAGGACUUGAGCUUUG